UGUUAACAAAUAAUAACAACAAAAUAAUAACUGUGCGGUUUUAACAAUACAAAAAAUAUGAAGUUCUCGUAUAAGUUUUCCAAUCUGUUGGGUACCAUCUACAGAAAGGGCAACAUUGUCUUUACGCCCGAUGGAAAUUCCAUAAUAACACCUGUGGGCAAUCGCUUGACUUUGUUUGAUUUAAAAAAUAACAAGGCUCGAACUUUGUCCUUGGAGUCCUGCUAUAACUACCGAACUAUUGCACUUUCGCCGGAUGGCAGUCUGCUGCUGGCUGUCAACGAAGAUCAUGAGGCCCAGCUUAUUAGCUUGGUCUCUUGUACGGUCAUUCAUCAGCAUAAGUUUCAACAUGAUGUGCGAUGUGUGGUCUUCAGUCCCAGUGGUGAACACUUUGCUGUGGCCAUGCAGAAUCUGGUGUUCAUUUUCAAAUCACCAGGUGAAAUAACGGGCGAGUAUAAUCCCUUUGUCUUGGAACGCCAUUUUCUGGGAGGCUUUGAUGAUGUCACCUAUCUAGAUUGGUCCUCUGACUCCAGAUUCUUGUUGGUUGGUUGUCGUGAUAAUUCCACCAAGGUCAUUGCCAUACAUUUCAUGAAGCACUUUCGCACCUUUGUUCUGGGUGGACACACCGACUCCAUAGUGGCUUGUUUUUUCGAAAAUAACAGCCUAGAUGCAAACACUUUGGCCCGAAAUGGUCAAUUAUGCUUGUGGGAAUGCAGUCGUGAGCUUUCUUCCAUAGAGAAAGUAGAGGAACAUGAACGUGCAGAAUAUAUGAAUUAUUUGACAAACAAAAGAUUGAAGGCGGCCAAGAAGGUUGCUGAUGACUCUGAAGAGGAGGAUGAUGAUGUGGAAAAUACUUUGGAAAAACGUAAUCCCACUGCUGAGGAACUUUUGCAGGCUGGCAAAAUUGUGGAUGUCAAUGAGAUUGAGGAUGAGGAUGUUAAAAGAGGCCAUCCCUUUUAUUACAAAAAAUUGGGACGCUACUAUCUGGCGGAUGAGCCGCGCAAAGAGAAACGCGAUGCCAUGCUAACGGCGGCCCACUAUAAUCGUAAAACCAAGAUUAUGGUGGUAGGUUUCAGCACAGGAGCCUUUUAUCUAUACGAGCUGCCCGAAGUCAAUAUGAUACAUUCCCUCAGCAUUUCAGACUAUGCCAUUUCUACGGCUCUAUUCAAUAGUACAGGAGAUUGGGUGGCCUUGGCUUCCCGAGAACUGGGACAAUUGCUAGUCUGGGAAUGGCAGUCCGAACAGUAUAUAAUGAAACAACAGGGCCAUAGCAGCGAAAUGACUUGCAUGAGCUAUUCCUCAGAUGGCCAGUACAUAGCCACGGGUGGCGAAGAUUCCAAAGUGAAAUUUUGGAACACCCAAAGUGGGUUUUGUUUUGUAACAUUCAGUGAGCAUACAAGUGGGGUAACUGAUCUACAGUUUAGCCGUGGCAAAAAGUUUUUGGUAAGCAGUUCUUUGGAUGGAACUGUAAGGGCUUUUGAUAUUAACAGAUAUCGCAAUUUCCGCACGUUUACUUCGCCACGGCUAGUGCAAUUUUCCUCUGUGGCCUUGGAUUAUUCGGACGAAUUGGUAGCUGCCGGUGGUCAAGAUGUUUUUGAAAUUUAUUUGUGGUCCAUUAAAAUGGGUACAUUGCUUGAGGUUAUCAGCGGCCAUGAGGGUCCUGUAUGUUCCAUGGCCUUUUCUCCUGUACCCACUUCAUCGGCUUUGAUUUCGGGUUCCUGGGAUAAGACUAUUAAAAUUUGGAAUUGUCUUGAAAGCAAAUCAGAGCAUGAAACCAUCGAUUUGCUCUCGGAUGUGACCUCAGUGGCGUUUAGUCCCAAUGGAGAAAAUGUGGCAGUUUCCACUUUGAAUGGCAAUAUUUUGGUGUUUGAUGUUAAAACAGCUGCACAGUUGAGUACCAUAGAGGGCAUAAAUGAUUUGGAUAGUGGUCGCUUGGAAACUGAUGUUGUUACAGCCAAAUCCAAUAAAAAGGGAAAGUAUUUUUCUUCCAUAGAAUAUUCAGUAGAUGGUGAAUGCAUAUUGGCCGCAGGCAAUUCUAAUGUUAUAUGCAUUUAUCAUGUCAAUGAGGCUUUGCUGUUGAAGAAAUUCGAAAUUACACAAAAUAAAAGUUUUGAUGGUUUAAAUGAGUACAUUAAUCGCCGUAAUUUAACCGAAUUCGGAAAUAUGGCCUUGAUCGAGCAAAGAGAAGAAACUGAGGGUGGUAAUGUUGCCAUACGACUACCAGGUGUCCAAAAAGGAGAUAUGGCUGCGCGAAACUUUAAACCUGAAAUGAAAGUAUUUUCGGUGAAAUUUUCACCAACCGGCCAAUCAUUUGCUGCAGCAUGUACAGAGGGUCUUUGUAUAUACAGUUUAGAUAAAGGUGUGGUUUUUGAUCCUUUGGAUUUAUCUUUGGAGGUAACCCCCAAAGCCAUAAAAGAAGCCAUCAAACAUAGCGACUAUUCCCAAGCUUUAAUAAUGGCUCUAAAAUUAAAUGAGAAUAAUAUAAUAAGUUUAGCUUUGGAAAGCAUACCUCAUCAGGAUAUUCAAUUAAUUUGUUCCACCUUACCUGAUAAUUUGGCCCAUCGUUUGCUUCAGGUGAUAGCCCGCCUCUUACAAACUUCGCCCCACAUAGAAUUCUAUUUGAAAUGGUCUUGCAGUUUACUUAUGACACAUGGCAACAAGGAUGGAGUUUUUCAACAUGCCUCACUGCUGGCUCUUCACGAAUCCAUUUCAAGAAAAUAUGAAACUUUGAAUAGAAUUUGUGAUUUUAACAAAUACACCAUGCGUGUGUUGGUCAAGACAGCCAAAGAGCAGUACGCCAAAAAACCCGCCAUGAAUGAAAAUGCUGAAAAUUCCUCCGCUGAUGAGAAUGAGAUGGACGCAGAUGAUGACGAUGAGGGUAUGAUUUUAAUAAAAUCUAAAACCUCCAAUGAUUUUAAUGAAACUGAAAGUGACGAAGAUGAUUUGGACACCGAAGAGGAGGAUGAGGAUGAUGUUUAGCUAGCUUAUUCCAAAACUAAUUUUUAGACUAAGUCUUAGGCAUAAAAAUAAAACCCAUGCGAAAUUGUGAUUUUUAAAAUCUUGAUUUAUUUCGUGUUACUUGUU